AUGUAUUUACGAGUAUUUGUCCCUAAGGAAUCGUCGGUUCAACAGAGAAAAGUUUGCUUAACGGAAGAAUGCGUGAGAACAGCAUCGUCUCUCCUGUCUGCCAUGGAUUUAACGGCAAAUCCAUGUCAUGAUUUUUUUCAAUAUGCUUGUGGCACAUGGAACAAAAAGCACGUAAUCCCUGAAGAUAGAAGUAGUAUAAGUACCUUUGAAAUAAUGGCGGAUCAACUUCAAGUCAUUUUAAAAGAAGUGCUAGAAGAACCUUUUGAAGAACACGAACACAACAAUUCGGCUACUAGAAAAGCAAAACUUUUUUACAGUUCUUGUAUGAAUUUGCGUGACAAAUACGAAAAAUCGGCGAUGCACCUCUUUAGGCAAGUUUUAAAAAAUUUAGGAGGUUGGCCGGUUGCGACCAAAGGUUGGACUCCGCCCACGCUAUCCGUGGAAACUUUAUUGGGAAAACUACGGGGGGAUUUUAACGAAGGAGUUCUUAUCGAACAAUGGGUCGGUCCGGACGACAAAAACUCUAGUGUACACAUCCUGCAGCUCGACCAAAUGCAAUUGGCAUUACCAAGUAGAGAUUAUUAUUUAAAACCCAAUAGUAACGUCGAAUUGAGAGCCUAUCAUAAGUACAUGACACAGAUAGCCAUACUUUUGGGUGCUGAUGAGAAAACGGCUGAAGCGGAGUUGGAAGAUGUCAUCAAGUUUGAAGUGCGGUUGGCCAAUGCAACUCUACCAGAAGCUGACCGUCACGAUACAAGUUCGAUAUAUCGAAAACUUUCAUUAACAGUACUCCAAAAAGAAGUGCCGCAACUUAAUUGGAAAGAAUAUUUAUCGACAUUUUUAGAAAUAAAUUUUCACGAGGAAGAACCAGUUGUAACUUAUGCUUUGCCUUAUUUUAAAGAAAUGGGCCGAAUAUUAAAGAAAACGGAAAAAAGAGUCAUACAUAAUUAUGUUAUAUGGAGAUUAAUAAUGAAAAUUCUCCCCCACAUGAUCGAUGAAUAUCAGCAAAAAAUUAUUGAAUUUAGAAAAAUUUUAUUAGGAAUAUUAAGUGAAAGGCACAGGUGGAGUCAAUGUGUUGAAUGGACAAAUAAAAAACUCGGUAUGGCUGUUGGAGCUCUUUUUAUACGUGACAACUUUAAUCAAGAUAGUAAGGAAACGGCUUUAGAAAUGAUACAUACAAUUAGAGAAGCAUUUAAUGAACUUUUGACUGAAAAUAUUUGGAUGGAUGAUGAAACAAGAGCUGUGGCAAAAGAAAAAGCAGAUUCAAUGAACGAAAGAAUUGGUUAUCCAGAACUUUUGACAAACACAGAAGAGCUGAACAAGGAAUAUAUGAAUUUAACUAUAACAGAAGAUCAGUUUUUGGUCAACAUUUUAAAUGUUCUAAAGUAUGAUGCUUAUCAUAAUUUAAGAAAACUUAGACAGCCAGUGAAUAAAGACAAAUGGUCAACAGAACCUGCCGUUGUCAAUGCCUUUUAUAAUCCAAAUAAAAAUGAUAUAGUUUUUCCAGCGGGAAUUCUUCAGCCUUUAUUUUACAGUCAGCAUUUUCCUAAAUCAUUGAAUUAUGGAGGAAUAGGAGUUGUGAUAGGUCAUGAGAUUACUCACGGUUUUGAUGAUAAAGGGAGACAGUUUGAUAAAGAUGGAAAUAUGAUGCAAUGGUGGAAUAAUGCAACAAUAAAAGCAUUCAGAGAGAGAACCCAAUGUAUAAUAGAUCAAUAUUCAAGAUACAAAUUAGAUGAAAUUAAUUUAUUUGUUAAUGGGAGAAUGACACAAGGAGAAAAUAUAGCAGAUAAUGGAGGACUUAAACAAAGCUUUAGGGCUUAUAAAAAAUGGGUUGCCAAACAUGGAGAAGAACCUCUUUUACCAGGAAUUAAUUUAACACAUGACCAGCUAUUUUUUUUAAAUUAUGCACAAAUAUGGUGUGGGUCGAUGAGACCUGAAGAUGCAUUAACAAAAAUAAGAUCAUCAGUGCAUUCUCCAGGUCCUGUUCGUGUUUUGGGGCCUUUGUCAAACUCAUGGGAUUUGCAAAAGCAUACAACUGUCCUCUAA